AUGGCCAAGCUCCUUUGGCUCUGCAUGGCUGCGGCCCUCGCUGUCUCGUCCUCUGCUCAAUCAACGGGCGUGGGCGUGGGCGCGCAGCCCAACGGCGCCGCGACCGCCGAAGUGGGGGCACCUGGCACCAGCGUCGCUGCAAAAUCGGGUGCUGGUGGCGCCACCGUCAAUGUGCCCGCACCCCUCACCACUGUGACCUCCACUACUGUGGCCACCCCCGCCGGCAAGGUGUCUAGGACUGCAGUGACAUCCCCCGGCACUGCCGUGCUUGCCACCAAGGCCAGUGGCAACGCCGCAGUGAAGACGUCCGCUCCCGCCACUAGAGUGACCGUCCCUGUACCCAAGCCCGCCGGCACCGCCGGCAAAGUGGACGCCCCUGCGAACGCCGCCACCUCCACUACCACCGGCAACACCCCGUCCGGCAAGGCCUCAGACACCGUGGUCGCCGCGCCCGGCACCCCGGUCGUCGCCACCACCAAGCCGAGCGGCUUUGCCGACGUCGCUGCUGUCACCGCCCCUGCAACCAGGCCCCCGGCUGGCCCCGUGGUGAAUGUUCCUUUCUACAGUGCGACUGCGGUGUUGCCCACUGAGCGUAAAAUGGGCAAAAAUUGA